AUGGCUAGAAGAUGGGAACACUUAAUUCCCUUGUCUCUGCCCUUUCUUCUCUUCUUCACUGUUUCCAUGGCUUUUGCUUCCCCUGCUUCGGUUCAGAGAUUGUCUAGACCCGACCCGUCUCACCAUCUCAAAUCUUAUCAUGGAGGUUAUAACAUUACCAAUCACCAUUACUGGACUUCGACGAUAUAUACUGGCAUUCAUGGCUACACGAUGGCGACACUUUGGAUGGUUUUGGGAGUCGGGGUUGGAAUAUACGUAGUAUUGAAGAAUUCACCGUGUUAUUGUUGCAAAAAGGAAAACAAUUCGACUACAAACCCGACUAUGGAACAUUUGAAUUCCACCAUUUAUCGCAUUAUUUUCAUUCUUAUUAUUCUCUUCUCAAUAUUGGGCAUUGUGGCAUGUAGUUUAUCGAUAGCAAUGAACAAGAGUUCUUUGAAAAACACGAAGAAGGUGACGAAAACUAUAUUGGGAGCUGGAGCCGAAGCUCAAGCCAACAUAGAAAAUGUUACACGGGCCAUGGACCAGAUGCAGACCUACUUGACAUCGUACAGUCCCUCCGUUUUAAAUUUGCUAAAUGUCACCAGCCAUUUGCUUGAAAAGGAUUCGCGGACCAUUGGAAGAUUCAUACGACAAUCCGAGCCCUCCAUCUAUAAGGCUCUCCAAAUAUCGUACACCACAAACCUUGCUGUUGUUCUUAUCAAUCUCGUAUUUAUAGUUGCGACAAUUGGUAAGUGGUUCGAUUUUCAUUUAAAAACUUCUAGACUAAUGGAUUGCUGCUUUGGCCCAGUUCUCCUUUUCCUGCAUUGGUAUCCAGGAUUAAUAAUGAUAAUUCUUCUAUGCUGGUUAUUCACCGCAUUUUGUUGGGUUUUAACCGGCUUCGACUUUUUUCUUCAUGUCUUUGCAGAAGAUACAUGCUUCGCGUUACAAGAUUUCGAGAAGAAUCCAAAUAACAACAGCCUUAUGUCAUUGUUACCUUGUGUUAACGCUUCAUAUGCAACUUCGGUGUUGUCUGACAUUGGAUUAGUCGCGCAUACCUUUAUUCAAACGCUGAAUUCAAAAAUGGCAAACUUUAAGGAGUUAUUGGGCUCAUAUGACAAAUAUGAAGCCUCUUCUUCAGCUAUCAUUUGUGAUCCUUUCUCUAACCCCAAUUACACCUUCAAUAUGGACAUCUGCCCCAAGGGUGCAAUCCAAGUUGGUGACAUACCAAAUAUAAUGUCGAGUUUCACUUGUUUUAACAAUAAAAACAUAAGCGGAGAAUGUGUAAAGGAAGGUAAGUUUGUAUCCGAGGACACAUUUUCAAUGGUUUCGGCAUACAGUCAUGCCAUUCAGGAUCUAAUAGACAUGUUUCCCGACUUUGAGAGCCUCCUUAGAUGUGCAUUCGUGAAAGAUAUAUUUUCGGAAGUCAUAUUGCACGAUUGUAGACCAUAUAAAGCUUCGACAAAGAGACUAUGGGGGUCCAUGCUUUCUUUCUCCAUUAUCAUGGUUAUUUUGGUGCUCUUAUGGGUCAUAAGAGCUUACCAAGAAAAAGGGAGGAGCUUCUUACCUUGUUCAAUCACCCCAAACAAUAUAAAUAACAGCUAGGAGGAGUGUAUCAUUUUCCUCUGAUUUAAUUUUCAAGCCAAUACUCAAAUGUAAAUCUGUGACUUAUGGUGAUAGAGGAUGUACAAUGUAAUUAAUAUUAAAGACUGUUCUAGCAAUAAGUCAAAUAAGAGAAGUUUAUAUAUGCAUUAAGGUUUUCCUUGUUU